AUGGCGGAUCUUGUCGUCCAGCCAUUGCGCUGGGCCGGAACGGAGCUGAACACGGAGGAUGGCCCAUACCGUGAGGUCUUUGAGCUCGUGGCCAUCGAAAUUGCCGAGGGCGAUAAGCUUGGCCUUGUAAUUGUCGGCGGCUCGGACGAUCCCGAUGCCGAGCAACCCGGCCUCGUGGUGACCGACGUGGUCGAAGAAACCGCCGCUUAUCGUGAUGGACGCAUCCAAGCCAAUGACGAGAUUCUCAUGGUUAAUGAGCAAGCCGUCGACCCCAACGCCACGCACUCUGCUCAUGCCGAUCUACUGCGCAACGCCGUCAUGUCGGGGCGCGUGGAACUUAAGCUCCGUCGUGUCAUCCCCGCCGACCAGGUGGACCUGACCACCAUCUUUGCCAUGCGCCAUGGCGUUGAGUUGCCCGAUGGCAGUGCCUACCCGGGUACCGUCGAGUAUAUGGCGGAAGGCGUGGUCCUGGAGACACUCGAGCUGGACGAUCUCGAUCGCGACUUUGGCCUCGCUUUGAUUGGGCCCCGAGAUGAGGAUGAUAUGAUGAGUCCUCCCGGCGUGUACAUCGCUGCCAUUCUGGCCACCGGUGCCGCCGCUCGCUCGAGUCGUCUGCACAAUGGCAUGCAAAUACUUGAGGUUAAUGGUUGGAAUGUCUCCAAUGCCUCUGUGGCUGAGGUGGAGGCCAUCCUCAAUGUCGUGCCCGUGGCCGUCAUUGUCGCCACCAGUAACCCAGAGGGCUACAUGCCGUAUGCCAACGCUGCCUACAACCGUUAUUGGUCUCCGGUUGGCGCCACGGACGAUGCCAUUGAGCCUCGCAAGGUGGUGCUCACCACCACCGAGGAGAAUCGCCGCCUGGGCAUGACCAUCGCCGGUCCUCGGUCCGACUUUGACAUGACAGCUGCAGGGACCUUUGUCACCGAUAUCUUGCCAGGUGGCGCUGCUGAGCGCUGCGGCUCCCUGCAAGUGGGCGAUCAGAUCCUUGAUGUCAACGGUGUUUGCCUCUAUAGUGCAUCACAUGAGCAUGCCAAGCGCGCUCUGUUGGACGCUGGUACUUCGAUCAAGCUGCUAGUCAUGUUCAAUCCUCAGGGUCGAGAUGCCUUCACCUUUGAGACGGAGAAGAUUGAGGCCUUUGAAGCCAAAGAGACACUGCCUCCCAUGCCUCCUCGCCCCGUGGCGAAGCAGCUAGAGGUCACUGACAAGGACUGGCGUACGGUGACUGAUACCGUCAAGCUUCAUCUUGCCAAGACCAUGCCUUCUGAACGUCUGGGCAUGAGUGUGUACGUGUGCGAGACACCAUCACGCACCGCUGUUUUGGUCUCAAAUGUUUUCAAGGGCAGCGUCGCCGCCGUGGCUGGCCUUGUCGUAGGUCAGGAGCUCAAGGAAGUCAAUGGCACUUUGCUCGCGGGCAUGGAGCAGAGUGAGGUCGUGGCUCUUCUCAAGACCUCUGAGCUGGAUGUGGUCGUGUCAGCAGCGCCCGUCGUGGAUCGUCGCCUGCUGCUGCAAAGCACCAUCGUUCAUCACACCACCGACGCCAUCAUGCAAGACGUGCCCCAGCUCGUGACCAUUGAUGCCCGUGACGGCCUCGGUUUUGCCUACACAGGCCCGGCUUCAAUUCACGGGGCCCACCCGAAUGGCGUAUUUGUGACUCGCCUACUGCCCGGCGCCCCGGCAAACUUGGAAGCCGGUGACCGCAUUCUUGCCAUUUUUGAUCCCGUGGCAAAGAAGUUUCAAUCGGUGGCUUUUGCCACCCAGGAGGAGGUGGGCUCCAAGAUGCUCGCCGCCCUGGCCGCGCACAAUGAAUGUCACAUUGUGGUCGUGCCCCACCCAGAGGCCUUUGUGUUUAGUUCCAGCACCGAAAUUCUUGGUGCACGUCUUGAUGAGCUGUACAAGCCUGCAAAUCAGGCCGCUAUUGACUCGGCCAAGACCAUCAUGCGCCGCGCUGCGAAGCGCUUGGCGACGCUCGACCACACUCAGCUGACCAUUUCAGGCAAUCUUGAGUCAGAUGCAGGCAGCCUUCGCGUACCCUUUCAUGUCCAGGCUUGCUUCGCCCACAUGCCGGAUGACGAGAAUGAAUUGCACUUUCGCAAGGGUGAUAUUCUGGAAGUGACGGAUUUGACCAGCAUUGAUCAGUGGACUGCCACGCUGUUGACGGAUGAACAUGGCGAGCUCGCCACCGGUUUGAUUCCCAGCCCCAGUGCUUACGAAGGCUCUUUCCGCCAAACGCGCCGCUACGCCGAGCAAGAGCGUGCGGCCCGCGAACUAGUGGCCACCAUUCCGGCCCAUGACGUCAUGACGCGUCGCGAAACCAUGCAAGAACUGAUGGCGGUGCACUCGUACGUUGUGGUGGAGCGCCGCGAACAAGUCAUUGGUCUGCGUCCCGUGGCCGUAUACGGGCCUGGGGCCGACUACCUGGCUCUUCGUGCUGUUCGCCAGCUACGCGAUGUUCAGGUCACCCAGCCCCUCCGCUGUACCAGCCGCCCUCGUCGAGAGAACGAGCGUCAGGGCCGCGAAUACGAGUUUGUCAGCCAACAAGUGAUGGAGGAACGUCUCAAGUCCAAGCAGCUGGUCGAGGUUGGCCGUUACAAGGAUAACCUCUACGGCACCAGCAUCGAUUCGAUCAAGGGGCCCGCCGAGGCCGGUCGCUUGCUGCUCAUGCACUGCCACCCGCCGGCCAUUCGCCGGCUGCAGUUUAUCGGAGACGUUCAUCCAUUGGUCAUCUUCUUGCAUGCGACACCGGAAAUGGCCCGAGAGGCACUCGAGCCCCUUGCAAACCGCUUGGACAUCAAGGAGGAGAUUGAUCGCGCGUAUCAGAUUGAUCUGCAAUACAGCCACAUCUUCACGCAUCGCCUGGAUUUGGACUCUGAUUUGGAUGGCGUUGUCAAGCUUCUGGCUGAUAUUAUUGAGGAUGAGUGUCGCCUUCCGUUCUGGGCCCCGAUCAACAAGAGCCUUCCGCACAUGCCUGCGGAGGAAAUUGACCGGGCGGUGGCAGCGCUCUCCGUCCGCAAUGUAACUGUGGCCAAGGGCAGCGACAACAAGUUUGGCUUUGAGACGUUGCAGCCCAAGAAUGAGCAUUACCACGUUUUGCAAAUCAAUGCGCCUGGCCCUGAAUUUGUGUCCGAGGAGAUGGCUCAUCACAAUGAUAUCAUUCUGGCCAUCAACGGUCAAAACAUGAUCUGCGAGCCCCAUUCCAAGGUCAAGGACGCGUUGAAGAAGGCCAACGACGUGGUGCACAUGGUAACCAUGGCACCCGUGCCCGGCAUUCGCACCGUCAACCUGCGCAAGCGAGGCGGAGGCUACGGCAUGACCAUUCAGUCGCACCAAGGUGUCGCAGGCGUCAUUGUUGGCGAGGUCACGCCGGGCUCCCCUGCUGCGAUGAGCGAGACUAUCCAACCGGGUGAUCUCAUCUUGGCGAUUAAUGGCAAGUCCAUGUUGACGGCGAGCCAUGAUGUCGUGCUCAGCAUCUUGCGCACGGAGCGUAAUGUUGCCAUGCUCGUCGUAUCCCUCCGCUACCUGAUGAGCAUGACGGCCCAAGAACAUCUCGUCCCUUUGGUUGGGCUGGAUGAUCGCGGCCUGGGUGUUAUCCUUGACUUUGACGGCCCUUAUUCAGUGCCCAUCAUCAAGGGCGUGGUCCCAGGCUCGCCGGCUGCUGUGGAUGGCACCAUCCAAACAGGUUGGAUUUUGAUCGAGGUCAAUAACCUCGUCUGUCGGCAUGCGACACGGGAGCAGAUUGAGCGCGAGCUCAACUACAACGGCCAGGUGGAGCUACUGGUGAGCCCCCCGCCUCGCCCCAUCGAAGCCGGUGUCAACAUGAAGUUUGUGCGUCUCAAGCGCGAGCGUGAUGGAGCCUAUGGUUUGACCGUCGUUGCCAUGGGCAAGACGCUAUACGUCGGCAACGUCGUGCCGGACUCGCCUGCCGCCAAGUCGGGCCAGGUGCAGCCGGGUGAUGAACUGCUCGAGAUUAACGGCAAGCCAGUUGCAAAGGUUGGCUACGAAGGAGUGACAAAAAUUAUGGGAGAAACGAGCAGUGUGGAGCUUCGACUCAUGCCCUCAAAUCUGGACUUGAAGCGUCUCAUCAAUGCGACGUAUCAAACCCCCGAGUACACCACCAUCACUUGCCCGCCCGAUUAUCAAAACCAUCGCCGCGUCAUUGUGCAGCGCGAUGGUCCGUUUGGUCUCAAACUGGAGGCAGCUGAGGGUCAAUUGCCCGUCAUUGAUGAGCUCACAACUGGAGGGGCUGCAGCCAAGACGGGUCAACUCAUGGUCGGAGAUACCAUUCUGGCGGUCAAUGGUGAGAAGUGCGAUGGACUCACGUUUGAGCAAGUGGUACAGCGACUGGCGGCCCACGACGUGGCAUGCUUGGACGUAGCCGUACAUCGUCCAAUUGUGGAGCCUGAGGCGCCCCUGUCCACUGAAGCCAUGUAUCAGCGUCGCUUGGCCGUUAUUAAUCGCCCACCGACCGGCGGGCUCGGCCUUGCGGUUGAGACCAAAGACGAUCCGCUGCACACGGACUUUCCGCGCAUCACCCAGAUCAAGCCCGAUUCACCCGCCGGCCAGUGUCCCAACCUCUUUGUCGGUGACUACAUUCUCUCCAUCAAUGGCCGCCGCAUGCAUGGCGUGUCUCAGGAGCUUCUGAUUGAAACGCUCAAGUCGUACAACCGCGUCGAACUUGAAGUGGUGCAAGCUCGCGUUGAGGAGGAGGCACACUCGCUGUCUGGCACGUUGAUGCUGACCACCACCCUGCACCGCGGCCCGGCUGGGCUUGGACUCGAGCUGAUUACGGUUCAGGGUGAGGCCUUGCCAUUGGUCAAGACGGUCUUUCCAGGUAGCGUGGCUGCCGAGGACGCUAUCAUUGAGCGUGGCGAUCGUGUGGUUAAGAUCAAUGACGUACCCGUGGCCGGCAAGGACCACGACGACGUCAUUGAAUUGCUCACGAGUGCGGAAUCUGUCCGCUUGGAGCUACUCCGCGAGCGCGUGACGCGCCACAUUUCGACCAGCAUUCCCCGUGGCCCGAGUGGCUAUGGCCUUCAGCUCACGUCGGUUGAUGAUGGCUCCGAGCUCCCGUUUGUGGGUGACAUUAUUGCGGGAGGUGCCGUGGACCAGAACGGUGUCCUGUGUGUGGGCGACGUUUUGCUGGCCAUCAACGGCACAAGCCUGAAAGGCCUCCAAUAUGAUGAUGUCCUCAAUCUCAUCAAGGAUUCGCCCUCGGUACUCAGCGUCGAUGUUGCACGCGAAGAUCUGCCGACUGAAGUGGCACGACUGCUCGACUCGAGGGAUGACGAGGAGCCACGCCAUGUUCGACUGGAGAAGAACGGUCAAGGCUUGGGCAUUAAAGUAACGACCGUGGAAGGCUUUGCCUACCCGGUCAUUCAAGAAGUCAUUCCCGGCGGCACGGCUGACCGUGCUGGUGAUGUGCGGGCCAACGAUGCCAUUGUUUCGAUCAACGGCGCAUCCACGCAGGGCAAAGAGCAUGAUGAGAUUAUCCAGAUGCUCCAAGCCAAUGAAGUGGUCGAGCUUGACCUGCUGCAAGUUCGUCGCAUGUCCGACGUGGACGAUUCGGCCGCGGAUGACCAUGAGGAGACGAGCGCCACGCAGGAAUCGGUCGUGCCCGAGGAGACUCAAUCGGCGCCUAUGCCUGCUGGCUUGCGCGUGGUCACACUCCACAAGCGCGGUCGGCAUCUGGGCAUCAAAAUUCAGACGCAGGACGAGUUGGAAUACCCUUACGUGGGCGAGGUUCUUGAAGGUGGUGUUGCCAAGGAGGAGGGAUCCUUGCAGCAGAACGAUAUCAUCCUUGAGAUCAAUGGUCUUGGCACGGGCGCGAGCAACCAUGACGCCGUGGUUCAGGGGCUAGUGGGUAGCGAUACAGUUGCCUUGACUGUUCGCUAUCCCACCGAGGAUGAGCUGGCAAUGAUCGAAAUGGCUCAUGAGGAGUCCGAGGCCAUUCCCGAAGAUGUUGCUUCUGAGCACAGCGAGCAUGCUUCUGAACCAGAUGAUGCAGACGUGGUCGGCCCCUCCUCAACUCGCUCAAGCCUUGCUAUUGAUCCCGACGUUGUGCGCGUGGUUGAGCUUGAUCGCUCGCAGGGCCGCCUGGGUCUGAAGAUUGCCACUCCCGAACAUCCCGAAUCGUACCCUGUCAUCACGGAUAUUCUUGAAGAUGGAUCGGCGGCGCACGCCCCAAAGCUUCUUCGCUAUGACGCCAUUUUGAAGGUCAAUGGCACGGACACGUGUGGCUUGCACCACGAGGACAUUGUUGCCCUCUUGUCAUCGGCUACACAACUCAAGAUUGAAGUGCAGCGCAACAAGCUCAUGCUUGCGGUGCUGGCAGCCGAGGCGUCCAUGUCUUCUGAAUUGGAGGCGGAGAGUGCACGUCUCACCAACGCGCGUGUCGUUUCGCUGACGCGCGGUGACGCUGGGCUGGGCAUGGAAAUUCUGACCCCGCCAGACGACGAAUUUCCCUAUCCCGUCGUUGGGCAAAUUUUCCCCGGUGCCGCAGCCGCCAACAGUCGCGUCAUCGAAACUGGUGAUCUUUUGGUGGCCAUUGGCGACCGUGAAGAUCAGCAACUACUCCGAGGUCUGCCUCACGAUCAUGUCGUCCAACUGCUCACGGCCUCGACCCCCAUCAUGUUGCGUGUGGCGGAGAUCAAACCGGCGCCCAGCGAGCGCAGCGUGCUGAUGGCGUUUGACGAGGAUGGCAACCAUGACCUCAGUCUGAACGUCAGUCAGGCCCAUUACCCUUCUGUGCGUUCCGUUGGGCCCAUGGCCGCUGCUGGUGGCGUUCAAGAGGGCGAUAUUAUUCUUCGUGUUAACAGCAUUACCACCGAAGGCAUGUUGGAAGAUGAGUUUGACAGUAUUGCCAACAAGAGCAACAAGCGGCUGAAACUCUUGGUCACUGCCGCAGCCUCAGCCCCGCCUUCGGUCCUGGCCCCGGCUUCACAAGAAGCCGCCUCUGCUGAAGCUGCCCCUGCUGAGGCUGCCCCUGCUGAGGCUGCCCCUGCUAUUGUCGAGGAGCCCGCGACAGGUCCUGCUUCAGACAAGGCGGCCAACGGGCAACCCCAACCAGAAGGCACAGUUCGAGGAGACAGUAAGGCUCAGGCUGAAACUGAAGGUGACGCCGAUACUGCCUUUGUGGGUUUCUUUGACAUUCGUCGCGUGCCUCUCAACACGUCUGAAGGCCGCUUGGGCAUCAAAAUCACGACCAUGGAGGAGACUGGUUUGACACAAAUCUCAGAUGUCUUGCCCGAAGGCGUGGUCGCUGCCACACAUCAAGUUCGCCCCGGUGAUUUUAUCUUGAAAUCCGUCACGCCGUAUGCUGACCUUGUUCCCUCGUCUGCUGUGCCAAAGGUUGAUGCACACACAGUGCGCAACUUGAACCAUGAUCAGGUCUUGCAGCACCUCACGGCGUCGCCAGAGUUCACCUUGACCGUGGGUCGACGCUCGACCGAAGAAGCUGAUGUUGAUGCAGAGAUUGCCGAGGCACCGGCUGGCAGCCAGGAUGUGCAUAUCAAAGCCCAUAUUGACCGCAGUCAGGGCAAUGGCACGCUCGGCAUCAAAAUCACGACCGAAGACGACACCGAAACGGUCAUCGUCGAAGUUCUACCGGGAGGUGCUGUGGCAGAGGAAGGUCAGCUCCAGGCUGGGGACCGCCUCAUUGCCAUCAAUGGUACCAAUGUUCAAGGCGCCGAUCACGACACCGUUCUCAAGCAUCUCUCAAGCGCCAGUGAGCUGGAUUUGGAAGUUGUGCGCUCGGCCGGUGGUCCCAUCACCGAUGCCCUGGCAGUUGCCGCCGCCUCUCUGGGCUCACAGUUUUUGGGCCGUGAUCUUCAAACCAUCCAUCUGACCCGCCCCCACGGCAGCAGUUGGGGUCUGAGCAUCAUCGCUCUGGGUGAGAAUCUGGGCGUUCUGCUGACAGGCAAGGCAGACGACUCGCCCGCCAGCCGAUGCAACGACCUGCAACCGUUUUCCACAAUUGUCAAGAUUAACAACGAGAACGUGCUCUCCGCAUCACACAGCGAAGUGGUGCAGUUGAUUUCGUCGACGGAUGACGUGACGCUUGAGGUCUUGCCCCCUGAUGGCACCUCGAUAGCUUUGCUCGACGCUCGUGAAGGCCCCCUUGGCAUCAAGAUUGUCUCCAAUGAGGACGACAACUGCGUUCGCGUGUCUGAACUCAUCGAGGGUGGACAAGCAGAUGAAGCUGAGAGCAUUAACGUCGGUGAUAUCAUCGUCUCUGUGAAUCAUGUCGACCUGCGCGGUAAAUCCCACCUGGAAGUUGUCGGGGCCCUUCGUGCCUGUCGCGCGCAGAUUGUCAUCCAGCUGCAACAUGAUGACUCCCCUCUCCCAGUCCCCGAGUCGGAAUCAUAAGCCUUCGCCCUGCCUCUCUUUUGCGUUCGCGUGCGCUACGCACGAACCAAAAAAAAAGUGCUGAUUCCUCCUCAAGGCUUUGUCUGAUGUCGCAGCCGAUCAGCCUGCUUCUCUCGCUUGUGGUUGUUCUUUUGAAGCGUGGCAUUUGCACAAUUGAACCUGGUGUUUU